GGUCGAUGUUGCCCCAUGGUGGAUUUAAACAUCUAGUGACGGUGGUCGAGAAAAUAUACCAGUCGAGAGCGACAACAGGUGACGUCAAUUCUUUGAGGGCGUGCUGCUAUUCUGGAUUAAUCUCUUCUGUUUGAGAUCUCAAGAACAAGUUGCAUCGAGUGAUCAUGGGAAACAGCUGCAGUAACACUUUGGAAAUCCCCCCUGGAAAAGGUCCCCAUAAGGUGGGAUGUGCAGACCUCAUGGUGGACCACACAAUCAAUGGUUCAUUCUUCAGGCUUUACUACCCAUGCGUGGAAUCAACGGGUUCUGAAAAACCAUGUUGGGUACCAAGCAAAGAAUACUUCAAUGGCCUUGCAGACUUCAUGAAAAUUAACAGGACUGUGUCUGAAAAGAUUUUCAGCUAUCUAUAUGGAUCAUUCAGAAUACCUGCUUCCAUGGAUGCAUCAUUUAAGCCUGAUGGGAAAUAUCCCUUAAUUAUCUUCUCUCAUGGAUUGGGAGCAUUCAGAACUUUAUAUUCAGCUAUCUGCACCGAAAUUGCAUCACAGGGGUUCCUUGUUGCAUCGGUGGAACACAGGGAUGAAUCUGCUUCUGCAACGUUUUAUUAUCAAGAGAAGUCUGUUCCAGAGGAAGAAGAACAGCAGGAUGCUUCCAAGAACUCUUCCCAUGGCCAAGACAAUCUUGAAGAAGUCUGGAUGUACUAUCGAGUUCUGAAACCAGGGGAGAAUGAAUUUCCCCUUCGAAGCAAACAGGUAAAACAGAGAGCAGAUGAGUGCAUAAGAGCUUUGGAUAUUCUCGCUGAGAUCAACACAGGGUGCUCAGUCACCAAUGUGCUACAGUCGCAGUUUGACUGGACUACGCUGGAGAAUUCUAUGGACAUGUGUAGAAUAGCAAUAAUGGGCCAUUCUUUUGGAGGUGCUACAGUGAUCGAAUCUCUUUGCAAGGAACUCCGAUUCAAAUGUGGCAUUGCUUUGGAUUCCUGGAUGUUUCCGCUGGAUGAGGAGAUCUUCCCGAGAGUGAAACAGCCAAUCCUGUUCAUCAACUCGGAGAAAUUCCAGUGGGCGGGCAACAUCAUCCGCAUGAAGAAGCUAGACUCCGCCAUCAUCCCAAGGAAGAUGAUCACUAUCAAGGGAACAGUGCACCAGAGCUUCCCAGACUUCACUUUCCUCACAUGUCACUGGAUAGGGAAGAUCUUGAAGCUGAAGGGGGAGAUAGACCCCCAGGUAGCCCUGGAUCUUUGCAAUAAAGCAUCAUUAGCCUUUCUUCAGAGACACCUAUUGCUCGAAAAGAAUUUCUGUCAGUGGGAUCAUCUACUUGAUGGGAAGGAUGAAAAUCUUAUUCCAGGCACAAACGUUAAUCUGCUUGAGUCUCCAAUGUAACACACAUGAUACACGUGGCCUGUUGUGGAGGAGACCAAAUGCAGCAGACCUAUUCCAUUUUACAUUUUCUACAAUAUUGGCUUAUUUGCUAUGCUCCAACCUGUUUUGUGAGCUUUUCUCAUCAAUGCGGUUAUGUCCUGCUGUUAUGUGGGGAGACAAGAGGAUUGAACCAUUCUGACCAACACCAAAAACGGGCCAGUAAAAAAAAAUUGAAUCGUUUGAAAAAGUAUAUGCACUGAGUUAUGAAUUGUCACUUUUACAAAUUAGCCUACUUGUAUCCUGUAUCACAAUAAUCAUUAUACCUCACCAUCCAUUUUCAAAGGGGAAUUUUUUCCCAUCUUUCAUUUCUGUGAGAAAGGAGUUGCACUUAACUUUAAAUUGUGCAAUAUUUGCAUAAGGGUGUGUUAACCAAGACACUGAUGCAGCACUGUGAUGCAAGACAAAGAUUGUCGAUGAUUCACACUUGUUUUGAACUACUAAAACUUUUCAAAUACAUACCCAACAACAUUACAAAAUCAUUCUGAGAAUAUCUUUUCCCUCCCCCAUUACCAUCAAUGUCAAUACAUCCGGUCAAAUUCAUUUUUUUUGAAUACUCUUGUAUGACAUGGUACCUGCAUAUUUGACCUCAAAAUGUGUGCGCGCAAAACAUGUUUGCUAGUCUGCAGUUACUCCAGAUAAUACACCAGCUGAAAUUUGCUCGCCCUUCGUUACAAUGGUAUACAGGGGAAUUGUCUGUUGAUUGGAAAUAUGAGAACUGGGAAACAAGGGAAACAUCAUUGCAAAAUGAAAGCAAAUUCAUGCCUGACAGCUCAGUUUAUGUAGGAUCAGUAUUUCCGUUCACUUCUUGUUAAAUGUUUGACAAGUUAUACAUUACAUAAUCAUCCAUAAUCAAACUCCAACUGAGAUGUGCCUUAAAGCCCUGUAGAUCAUAGGAUCAACAAAACUGUUGUGUCAGAUGCAUUUUGUAUUACACUACAUUAUAUUCAAAUGCAUGCACAUAUUUGCAUGAAUUGAGCCUUUCAGCCCAGCUGUGAAAUUAUGUAUUCAAAUCAAAGUAAUAUAAGAAUGGUGCAUUUUUGCUGUCAAAGCAACUUUAAGCUACUGUCACUUACUGUAGUCAUUUUUUAAACAUACAAAUUUGGUUUCAGCUAAGUGCACAAAAAUGCACACCCUCUAAUAGGUAUGUGAAA